AUGCGACUUCAAGGGCCGACUAGGGUUCAGAAUCAUGACUUUCUUCAUGUCUUUUCUGAUACCAAGAAGCCAGCAGUUUCUGGACCACUCGCUAUCGAAAUGCGACUUCUCCCAGAAGAACAACAAAAUUUUAUCAAAACCGAACUCGCCAAAAUCGAAAAAGAAUCCGUCGACGCCUCCCACACCGGCUACAUUCUUCAACUAGCGAAGGAAUUCGAUGAAUUUCUAGCGCUCCGUUUUCCCGAUGUGAAGCGAUACGGCCUCGAGGGAUCAGAAACGAUUAUGCUUUGGUUCGAUACGAUUUUGAAUGAGGUUGACAAGGACAAUCAUGUUACUAUUGGAAUGACACAUCGAGGAAGAAAUAAUCUUCUUGUCUGUCUUUUGGGACUUCGAGCUGACAUCAUGUUCGGCAAAAUGUCUGGAAAACCCGAAUUUCCAUUCGACCCAGAGCAUGAAAGAAUCAUUGGCGAUGUUCUUUCCCACCUGCAGAUCUCCAACAAGCUCGACUCGGGCGUAUCCGUCUCUCUCUUGCCAAACCCUUCUCACCUUGACGCCAUUAAUCCCGCCGCAAUGGGCAAGGCAAGGUCAAAAAUUGACCACGGCAGCAAAGCUCUUUGCAUUCAAUGUCAUGGAGAUGGAUCUCUCAUCGGCCAAGGACACAACCACGAAAUCCUAAACAUGCAAAAUAUUCCCGGCUACGACGUCGGCGGCUCCCUCCAUUUCUGUUGCGACAAUCAGGUCGCCUUCACCGCUUCUGGAAAUUUGUCUCGUUCGUGCGCUCGUCCUGGCGACUGUGCUCUACCUUACGGCAGCCCUGUAAUCUCUGUGUCCGCUAGCCACCCAGAGCAAGUGAUUCAAGCAGCCAAACUCGCCCUCCGCUUCCGCAACAAAUUCGGCAAAGACGUCAUGACCGAGCUUGUUGGCUGGCGAAAACACGGUCAUAACGAGCUUGAUGAUCCUAAAAUGACGAAUCCAAUUCUCUACAAACACGUUACCGCAGCCACUCCAACUCCCGACGUCUGGUGCUCAAAAAUGGACGCAACGAAAUCUUCAGAAAUCAUGGAGAAAGUCAAACAGGAACGAGCUUCAUGGCAACAAUCAUUCGACGAUGUAAAAGCAGAUAAAUACGUUCCUGGUCAGCUUUGUCGAAACUUCGGACCUUGGGCUGAUGUUCAACGGGCGAAUUCUUGGGAGCAGCAAACUUGGGCUUCCGGUUAUGAUGUCGAAUCAAUGAGGUAUAUUUUGUCGAAAUCUGUGGAAGUGCCAGAAGGAUUCAAUCUCCAUCCCUUUUUUGAUCGACACAGAAAGCAGCGACUUGAAGCAGCCACCAGUGGCGAGAAAAUAGACUGGGGAGCAGCCGAAGCAGUUGCAUUUGGAUCACUACUUGAACAAGGCUUUGGCGUUCGAAUUGCGGGACAAGAAGCGGGUCGGGCCACGUUCGCCCACAGACACGCGAUUUUGACUGAUCAGGAUUCCGAAAAACAAGUGUGUCCACUUGCUGAAUUUGGCGCCUUCGACGUUGUAAACGCCCCAUUGACCGAACAAGCUGUAGUUGCCUUCGAGUGGGGCUACUCGAUCGAUCAUCCAAAUAAUUUAUGCCUUUGGGAGGCGCAAUUCGGCGAUUUCUGGAAUCAGGCUGAAGUCUCUGUCGAUACCCUAGUGACGUGUGGCGAGCAAAAAUGGGGUCUUCAGUCAUCUCUUCUGAUGCUUCUUCCUCACGGAUACGAUGGAGCUGGGCCAGAGCAUUCUAGCUCUCGUGUUGAGCGCCUUCUGCAAAUGACAGAUUCUUUAGAAAAUGGUGUUGAUUCUGACAAUAUUAACUUCCAAGUGCUUUGGCCUUCCACAGCCGCACAAUACUUCCAUAUUCUCAGAAGACAAAUGGUGCGAAACUACAGAAAACCUGGUGCAAUUGUGAUGCCAAAAACCCUCCUUCGUUUACCGGAAUCGCGCUCUACUUUCGCCGAAAUGGGGCCAAACACAUCUUUCCAAACCGUGAUCGACGACCCGAGCAAGAACGUCAAGGCGAAACGAGUGGUCGUUACUGCUGGCAAACAUUACUUCACGCUCGUCAAUGAACGAGCAAAGAGAGGCCUCCAAAAUGAUGUGGCUAUUGUGCGUUUGGAACAGCUUGUUCCUUUCCCUGCCAAAGAGAUUCAAGAGACUCUCGCUCGAUACACCAACGCUACCUCCUUCAUUUUCGGCCAAGAGGAACCUAGAAAUUGCGGCGCGUGGACUUUUGUCAAACCUCGACUUGACUUUAUUACUGGUCGACGAUUUUCGUACUCUGGCAGACCGGAAAUGCCAACUAGCGCUACUGGAACUGGUGUCGAGCAUCGUCGACAACUUCAAGACCUUCUUGAUGACACUUUUAACCUCUAA